AUGGCCGAAUAUGUUGUGGUCAAUGCCGAACUUCCAGAAACGUCACAACAUGAUGGCGACGGGAUGGACAUAUCCGCGAAUGGCAGCAUGCAACAAUUAGAUUGUACAUCCCCAAGUGCAAGCUCUACUGUGCCGGCGGAUGACAUGAGGGAGAUGUUGACGGCUGUAGCCCAACACUCAGACCUAGCAGCGGCAUUGCGACAAAAAGGUCAAGCCGGGCGAGCAGUGCGGACGCUGGAACGGGCUGUCGCCAUGUGUGCAAGGGCUGAACAUAUACAUCCAGCUGUUGCUGUGGAAGCAGCUCGGGCGCGUGUCAACUUGGCAGCCGCAUUGUCAGAGGCUGCGCGGCAUCGCGAGGCCAUCGCUCAUGUCCGGAAAGCCCAGCGAGGAUUAGACCAGAUUCUGGCAUGGGCAGAGCAGUGUGGGGAUGCGGGGGCCACAAGCAUUGCUGGGGAAGCUUCUGCUUUGCGUUGCGCAGCAUUGGUUGCAGAGUCCAUCGAGUUGGAUAUGUGCCCAGGAGUUUCCGGUGAUUUCGAAACCACUUUGAACGAGACGGCGUUGUUGCGGGACACCUUGACGCCCAAGAAUCGAACGGUGAGUCUACCUCAGAUUGGGCGAAAAGCACGAAAGGAAAAGAAGAUGCGGAUCAAGGACGAUAGCACGUCGAAGACGCACAGUGCAGGGGCUCUGAAGUCAUCAGAAGUGGCUACUGAAAAGCGGCAGCCAGUGAUCAAGCUUUCUUUGAGACCACGUGCCGCUGAAGAGCGCACCGAUGUGUUCAGCGACUUCCUUCGUGGUGUGGAGGCGGAGCGUGUGGCCAGGCUUGGUGCACUCAAUGACAACUGGGAAGACCAGGCCAAACGCCGGCUGGGCCAAGUCCAUCGCAGGACUCGGCUCCAGUUGGAGCUCAUGGGCGACAACGAACUGAAGGAGAAGCGAUACACACAUACAGGGCACCAGGUCUUCAUGAAGGCCAUGAAGAAGGCCAACAGAUGUUGGAGCGACACGUCGCUGUUGCAGGAAGCGGCCAAAGAGAAUGCCACACCGGAGAUUCUACAGGUCCGGAAAUUAAAUCGCCAGCUUUACGUGAAGCCCCCAACGCCGCCACCUCCACCACCGCCGAAACCCAAAAUGGACCAAGCACUGGUCAACAAUUUGCGCUCGAAUCAUGGGAGGGCCAGCAUCAAGGCUGAGGCGUGA